GAACAUAGGUAAAAGAUGGUAAAAAAAAAAAAGAAGUUGGUGAACAGGUAAAAAAAGGUAUAAAAGUAGGUGAACAUAGGUAAAAGAAGGUAAAAAAUAGGUGAACAUAGGUAAAAGAUGGUAAAAAAAAGAAGAAGUUGAUGAACAGGUAAAAACAGGUAUAAAAGUAGGUGAACAUAGGUAAAAGAAGGUAAAAAAUAGGUGAACAUAGGUAAAAGAUGGUAAAAAAAUAAGUAGGUGAACAGGUAAAAAAAGGUAAAAAAGUAGGUGAACAUAGGUAAAAGAAGGUAAAAAAAAGUAGGUGAACAUAGGUAAAAGAAGGUAAACGAGUAGGUGAACAUAGGUAAAUUAAGGAAAAAAAUAGGUGAACGUAAAUAGGUAAAAGAAGGUAAAAAAUAGUAGGUGAACAGGUAAAAAAAAGUAGGUGAACCUAGUCAAACAUAGGUAAAAGAAGGUAAAAAAGUAGGUCAGCAUUGGUAAAAGAAGGCAAAAAGUAGGUGAACAUAUGUAAAAAUAAAAAAAAGUAAAAGUAAAAAAAAGUAGGUGAAUAUAGGUAAAAGAUGGUAAAAAAAGAAGUAGGUGAACAGGUAAAAAAAAAGUUAAACAAGUAGGUGAACAAAGGUAAAAUAAGGUAAAAAAGUAGGUGAACAUAAGUAAAAGAAGGUAAACAAGUAGGUGAACAUAGGUAAGAGAAGGAAAAAAAUAGGUGAGCAUAAAUAGGUAAAAGAAGGUAAAAAAAAUAGUAGGUGAACAGGUAAAAAAAUCUAGGUGAAUGUGGGUAAAAGAAGGCAAAAAAGUAGUUUAACAUAGGUAAAAAAAGGCAAAAAGUUGUUAAGCAAAGGUAAAAAAAAAGGUAAAAAAGUAGCUUUGAAUUUUUCGGCUUUACUCAAUUGCGUUUAAAAAAAUAAAUAAAUAAAUAAAUAUAUAUAUAUAUAUAUAUAUAUAUAUAUAUAUAUAUAUAUUAAUUUAAAGAUCAUAUCACUGUUCGUUGCUGUUUCGCAUUUGGCUACAGCCUUUUAUUCGUCCAUAAAUCCAUAUUUAAGUAAAUUUGACAUAUUUUUUAUCGAAAUGAAUCGUUUUCAAGCAUAAAAAUGUCUAAAGUAACUUAAAAUAACAUGUCUAAAGUACUCUACUGUAUUGCACAGCAGAUUAUCAUCUUUAUCAAACAAGUUGUAGUAUUUCCACUGGUGCACACCGCCCUAUUUAAACAAAGUUUUUGCGUUUACUACGCGGCUUUCACCAUGGAGACACUCAUUUACCGCACAUUCAUGUUAUCACGCUCCUACCCGCGGGAUGAAGUGCAAAGAGCCGGUUGGAUCAGCAACACGCCCAACCCAGGUACCGAGACAUGGCGCCUUUGGAUUUUACGCGAAUCGGUGCCCCCUGGUCGGUGCCAAAAAAGUACCGGAUUCGGUACCCAUCCCAACUCAUGAGUUAUUAUUGUGCACUACUUUCUGUUCAAAACAACAACACACUUUCAAGGCAUUUUUCACAUCCUAAUGAGGCUGUCUUCAUCAUCAUCUCCUGGAGGAGACACGUGUGUGUGUGUACAGUACGAUGUGUGCGAGCCCAUCUUUAAAAAGCCCCUUCUGGCUGAAUAGAAGGAAGUUCCUUCAGCUUCCCCAGGAAAUGGGAAGAGGAAACCCGGUGGCUGCGAGCGACCCUUGCAUUACUGCCACAAAGUGACUUGCUGGAGAGGGACAGAAUGAGGCUCUCUCCCCCUCUCGGGAAACAGAAACUUGCGAGAAAAUAAAAAGAAGUCCAUAGCAAAUUACACUCCCAAAGUGGACACUGCGAGAUAUUUGCAGAAGAUGAAGCAUCUUCUCGGAGCUUUGACCGCUUUGUGCUGCUGUUGGCUGUCCUGCUCACACACACUGGAUGCUGCUGGGAGGAACGUGUGCCACAAUCCCAGGGACCCCUCCGCCCUGAUCUGCUGCCCCGGCUGGCAUCAAGUUGGAAAAGAGUGCACGAUACCUCUGUGUGAGGGUGAUCAGGCCUGUCUGAAGAACGAGCUUUGUGUGCACCCUGGAGUGUGUCGCUGCCCUCCAGGCUACUAUGGAGCCCGAUGUAAAACACGUUGUCCUCCAGAGUUCUGGGCGUCAGACUGCCGCCAGGUGUGCCCGUGUCACCCACAUGGCCGUUGUGACCCUGUCACCGGCGAAUGCACCUGCAACCCCAACCGCUGGGGCCCCCUGUGCCAGUACCCCUGCAAGUGCACCCGCCACGGAAGCUGCCACCCCGUGUACGGGAACUGCACGUGCAACGAGGGCUGGUGGACGCCGACGUGCGCCAAGCCGUGCCAGUGCGUCCCCGGGGGGUCUGCGGAUCCCGGCUGCGACCAGCUGACAGGCCGGUGUCAGUGCCGCAGGGGCCACUGGGGGCUGAAAUGUCCUGCCGCUUGCAACUGCUACCUGUCGCAGUGCAACCAGCGCACUGGCGUGUGCGAGUGCAACGCCGGCUGGUGGGGGCCCAGCUGUGACAGGCGAUGUAACUGUGACCUCGCACACAGUGACUGUGACAUCGCUACGGGACAGUGUCUCUGCCACCCGGGGUACGAGGGCGACUUCUGCAACCUGCCGUGUGCUCCUGGGAAGUACGGCAGCUGGUGUAAAAUGAGUUGUGGACACUGUAAAGACAACAAGCCGUGCUCCUCCACCGACGGCGCCUGCGCUGCCUGCGAGACCGGCUGGAAUGGCACGCAAUGCGACCGCCCGUGCUCGUCUGGUUACCAUGGCGACAGCUGCCAAGAGCCCUGCCCACGCUGCAGAAACAAUGAGACUUGCGAUCCAAAAAGCGGGAAAUGUUGGCGAUGUGAUCCAGGAUGGACGGGAUCCAGGUGUGAGGAGGCCUGCCCUGACAGGACGUACGGAGACGCCUGCCGCUUCCUGUGCAGCCCCUGUUUCCACGGCAACUGCCAUCACGUGACAGGAAAGUGCGUCUGUCAGCCGGGCUUUCAGGGAGAGAGUUGUAACAACAGUUGCUCCGCCCUGCAGUUUGGCCUCAACUGCUCCUCCGCCUGCGACUGUGGCGAGGAGGUGGGCUGCCACUCGGUGACCGGUGUCUGCCCCAAUAGUGGUCGAGGUGCUCUCCUUGCAGGCCUGUUGGUUCCUCUGCUCCUGCUGCUCCUCGCUGUCCUGUGCUGCUGUCUGUGUUGUGGAGGAGGUCCCGCUGAUGAAAAAGACAGAACGGGUGUGUCCGACGGAGGACUGUCAGUACGCAUGAAAUAUCACGUCUACAGCGUCCUGGCUAACAUCGGCGCCGCCCUCCCGUGCAUCUCUGAUUGGUCGUCCGGCCUCCCUCGUGUCACUGUGUCUCACCAUGACCCGGAGCUCACCUUCAACCACAGCUUCAUUGAGCCUCCCUCCUCCGGCUGGGUGACUGAGGGCUCCUCCUUUGACAGUGAUGAGGAGGAUGGAGAGGCUCUCUACUGCAUCCCACCUAGAGAAGACAUGCCGGGCGUGGAGGGCAGCCACUUCCAGGAGAUGAGCUCCAAGUGUAACAUGCUCUUAGACCCGUCAGGCUUCAGCAGCGAGGACAUAACCUCCCCCUUCAACAUCCCCCGCACUUCCAGCAUCGCCAAAUCCAAGCGUCCGUCCGUCUCCUUCGCAGAGGGGACCCGCUUCAGCCCCAAGGAGAGGCGGGGCUCGGCUCAAGACCCCGCCUCUCUGCCGGGGAACCCUCGCAAAGCCAAGUCGGCCUGGGGGGGUUUGAUGCAGUCAGCUGGCGAGGAAGACACAGGUGAGGGUGAGUUGGGGGAAGACGCAGUUCAAGUUCAGGUGACAGACAGCCAGGAUCCGAGCUGCGAGGUUAUAGAACAGGAGGAUAGAAAGUCCGCUACGCGCACCGCGUCGGGCCGAAGACGCACCAUGUCUAACACCGCGGCGCAUAAAAUGCCGGCGUCUGCUCCCGAUCAUCCAUCAGGAGGCGCCGAGAAGAUCACCACGGUGUACGUGACAGUGGGUAAGGCGGGCCGGCCCGCGUCCAAGGCGGAGGCGAGCUCAGAAGGGCCCGUUCAAGCCAUGCUGAGGCGACUUGGAAGCCUCCAGAGACAACGAGAGCAGGACCCCGGCAAGAGCAAAGCUAAGGAAGGGGCGGAAGGGAAGGCCAAACCCCCCAGGAGGAAGCUCGGGGCUCGGAGGAGCGUGUGGGAGCAGGGUGGGCCUACAGGAGAGGAGCCCGCCAUCAGUAAACCCGUGAGGAGGAAACAUUCCUCCCACAGUGUCCCUGACACGGCCGCGACUGACGACGAGGCGGAGAGCAUCCCCCUCAAAAGACCCUUGUCGUCUAUUUUGAAGAGCGUACCCGAGGUGGUCUCAGCCGCAGCCGCCAGAGGUCAGGCGGACGAGACCAGCGUGGGACAAACUUACCUGACUGUGGGACCAGCAGGGGGCGCUGUGACUGUCAGUGAUGAAGGUGCAGUGGUGAGUGUGAAAGAUGAGCCAUGCUAUGAAAACAUCAUGAUUACACACUCAUUACCCACUUAAACAAUACUUUACUGUAUUGUAAGCUUGGGAGUACAAACUUACUGCAUUUAUGAAAGUUAAAUUAAUUUUAAAACACACAUACUUAUAUCAGGCGUCCACAAUUACAUUUGUCCAAAGGACAGAAUUUUUCUCAGCAGAUUCUAUAAGGACUAGUAUCUUAAAAAACAUAUAAUAUCCAUACAAUAAGACAAAAAAACAAUAAAUAAAAAAAUAUAUAGAAUAUGUAUAUGUCCUCUGAUAGUUUUCUACCGCUUGUCCCCUUCGGGGUUGCGGGGGUGUGCUGAGCCUAUCUCAGCUGCAUUCGGGCGGAAGGCGGGGUACACCCUGGACAAGUCGCCACCUCAUCACAGGGCCAACACAGAUAGACAACAUUCACACUCACAUUCACACAUUUAUAAUGUAACGUAAAUAAAGAUGCAGUAGUUAAAAGUGUAAACAUUAGAAAUGUCAAAAAGGACAAUACGAGUAGUUAAGGUCUUUAUUCGUCACACAUUGUUCAUAUUGCAAAAUAGUCUGUCGCUUAUUAAAAAACAAACAAUAUCAUCUUUCAUAUAUCCUUGCUGUAGGAAUAAAUCUACAGCAUGUCAGUUGGAUGCAUUGAACCAUGUCAUUUCUCCCAGACAAAAAUACAAACAACUUGAAUAAAAGAAAACGUGUAAUAAACUGAGAUGUGGUUUUAUAAUAUAUUAUGAUAUUGUAAUGAUAAUAAUAAUAUAUAUGUGUGUGUGUAUAUAUAUAUACAGUAUAUGUAUAUAUAAAUGUACAUAUAUGUAUAUAUUCGUGUAUGUAUGUGUGUGUUUAUGUGUAUGUAUAUGUAUGUAUGUGUGUGUUGUGUAUAUAUAUGUAUAUAUCCAUCCAUCCAUUUCCUACCUCUUGUCCCUCUCAGUAUGUAUAUGUGUGUGUAUACAUGCAUAUAUAUGUAUAUAUAUAUAUGUAUAUAUAUAU